AUGGAUUACACCGUUCAAGAAACAGUGUUUCGUCUCUCUUGGAGUGUCGUGAUGGGAUUUGCAGCCAUACUGCUGCCUCAGCUCCGACAACCUGAUCCAUCACCCAUUGAUGAUACCUCCGGCUCUUGGAUAGCCGCAAUCCUGGGAUUUGCCCUCGUCGCCGGCAACUUCGUAGUGCCCACAAUAAUGGCCAAGUAUGGCAGAAGAACGGCGAACCUGGCCAGUCUAGCGCCAAUGAUGGCUGGCUGGUUCUGCAUAAUCCUGACCACAAACAUUACCAUACCAUACCAGGUUUCGCCAUGGGUAUGAGUUUGCCCUGUAUUAGUUGGAGAAUACACCAGUCCUAAGAAUAGACGAGCAUUCCUCACACUUAUAUCUCUAAUGAUAGCGUCUGGUGUUAUUUUUGUCCUUACCUUCGGAUCCUUGCUCGCUUGGCAAACUGCUACUUUGGUUAUCUCAUUCGUAUUUUUUACGGACGUAUUGAUAGUGAUAUACCCUCCAGAAUCGCCGAGUUGGCUGGCUGACCAAGGAAGAUACGAUGAGUGUAGAAAAGUAUUCCGGUAGCUAAGAGGAGACGGGGAGGACGAUGAGCUAGAGAAAACGAGCAGAAUUAUCAGAGAAGCCAAAGAAUUAUCAAAUGUGCCAGAAAGUUUUGUAAAGAGAAUAAGUUUCUGUUCUGUAAGAGAGUUCUAUAAACCUAUCUUUUUAAUGAUUUUACAUUGGGCGGGGGCUAUUUUGGCCGCAUAUACAAUUGAUAUAUUUACGAACGUUAUUCAAAUCUCACGUUAUUCAAAGAUCACGCUUGGUAUUCAAAGAAUCCUGUCAAACACAAUAGCUAUCUUUAUUAUAAAGAAAAUCAAACGUCGAACCAUGUUGUUUGUAACUGUUGGAAUAAAUCUAUUUGCAUUUUUGGCAACAGCAGCUUAUACAUAUUGUAAAGGGCAUGGGAUGCUGCCUUUUGAUCAUCCAGCUAUCGGCACAGUUCUCAUUCAUAUCCACAUGAUCUCAAUAGCAACUGGAACAGUGCCUCUGCCCAUUAUCAUUGCUGGAGAACUAUUUCCGUAAGAAUACAGAAGUUUGGCUGGUAGUCUUAGCGUUCUUUUUCAACCGUUAAACUUAUUCGUAAUAAUGAAAACGUAUUUAUUCAAAAACAUUGGCAUACAUGGCGCGUAUCUAUACUAAUAUUAUAAAGCUGAAGAGUUUGUUUGUUUGUUUGUUUGUUUGAUUGAACGCGCUAAUCUCAGGAACUACUGGUCCAAUUUGAAAAAUUCUUUCUGUGUUAGAUAGCCCAUUUAUCGAGGAAGGCUAUAGGCUAUUAUUAUAUAUUAUCCCCGUAUUCCUACGGGAACAGGAACCACGCGGGUAAAACCGCGCGGCGUCAGCUAGUGUAUUAUACGCAGCCUAGUUAUACCUAACGUUACUC